AUGUUAUUAUUAAUUGUGAGUGUGGCUGGAAUUAUUUUUAAUAAUGUUCUUGCUUUACAAUAAUAACAAGCAGGAGUACACGAUUGGAAUAAGAGACUCUUUGGUGAGUUAAAAUACAUUCAAGUCUAAGAUUAAACAAUAUUUUACUAAAACACGAACAAUCAAAAUGGAAUUAUUGAUAAAUCUACAGGCUAAGUCAAAUCAAGAAACACUUAUACUAUGUGUGAUUCUUAUAAUUAUGUCACCUAUGAACCAAACUAAUAGAUAAUACAAUUAUUUAAUGAAGGAUAUUCAGUGUUAGCCGAAUAAGAAAUUAGUGGCAAUAUUGACCAUUGCUUAAUAGGAUUAAAUGGAGAAUUUAUAAUUAUUUAUGGAUAAACUAUCUUCUCUACCUUUAAUAACAAAUUCAAUGAGAAGGUUGAUCACUAAAUAAUACAUGCAGGAUAUAUUUUUGAUGUUCCAGUGGUCCUUUUACAAAAGUAAAAUGAAAUUUGCAUUUAUCAAAUCAGAGAAUCAAUAACAUAAAGCUACUGUGUAGAAAGUUUGAAUAAUGGUAAAAUUCAUGAAUUUGGCAACACCCUCAUUUAUUAAGAUGCUAAGUUUGCAUAUCAACUAAAAGAAAAAUCAGCAAAGCUUUUAAACUUUGAAAUUAUAAAGAAGGUAGAUAAAUUCGUUGGUUUUUCAUAAACCUUGGUAAUUACUGAAAAAUCAAAGAAACAAAUAGUGAAUUUGGAUGGAUAAGUUGAAUAUGAAUUAAGUUAAGAUGAAUUUGUUAUAUAGAAUCUUGAGAAUCAAAAAUAUUACUAUAUCUUAAAAUAGAAAAAUAAUGAAUUGAAGAUUGUUUCAUAUGACAGAGAUACAAAAUAAACUCAUUCAGAAGUAAUUGAAUUAUAAACAAAUUCACUUAUAUUGAAUGCUUUUUUGAUAGAUUAAAAUAAAAGAUAAUUCUUAAUUUAGUAUUAGGAUUUAUAAACAGUUUUAGUUGAUAAUAAAGGAAUUAGAUGGACUACUGAGUAAUCCUUAAUUAGUAUUGACACAGUUUUUUAUGAAAAAUAUGAGAAUUAAGAAUAGACACAUAAAAACUCAUAUUAUGAAUCACUUGAGAAACACGGAACUAGCAAUCCUUUAUAUUUAAUAUAAAAUGUUAUCUCAAGAGUUUUGAAUGAAGUAAAAGAUUUAUAAGAAGUUGUAACUCACUUUAUUGAUAAUUUGGGCAAGGAAAAAGUAUAAACAAGAGAAAUGGAAUAAACAUAUGGAUUGAAAUAGAAGGUAUACUUCUUGACUACUUAUGGAACCUUAUUAUGCUAUGAUACUUAAGAAUUAUCUUUGCUAAUUAAAUUACAAAUAAAUAACUAAGAUAACAGCUUUAGAUUGGUUGCACACCAUUAGAUAGAUUCCAAUUUAAUCACUCACUUCGAUAACAAUGAUGCACAACCAACUCAUGUGUUAUUUUACUAUUCAAAAGAGAAAUCAAGAUUAAAUACAUUUAUAUUAGACUUAUAACAUGGAAUAAUCUAAUAAGUGGCCUCACAAUCCUCAAAGAACAUAGUAUGGACACUUCCAUACAGAGUUGAAGGUGGUCCUGGAUAACAUCACAACAUUGUUAUUCUAAUAGAUGAAGAAAACAAUAUAUUCACAUAUCCCAAAAAUGAUUCCAUUAACACAAAAGAGAUUAUCUUGUAUAGAAAUGACAAUGGUGUCUUAAGAGGAUAUAAACUAUUCAAUAAUGAAUUAGUCAAUUUAUGGACAAUUAAUAUGAAAGAUGAAAUUUUAAUAAUCAGAUCCUCUUAUCAUGUAGGAGAAGAAAACCCAAGGGUUGCUAUUUGGGAUGAUAGAAAAGUCAUAUAUAAAUUGAUUGAUCACUCUAACUUUGCAAUAUUAACCUCAGAUGGUGACAAACUUAAAUUGCUUAUUAUCAAUGCCAAGUCAGGCAAAAUAAUAUAUUAAAGUGUUUAAAGUGAGGCUGAUUUUAAUUAACCAAUCAAUUUAGUAUUUGAUGAACACCAAGUUUUUGUUACUUAUUAUAACAAAGCAUAAAUGAUGUUUGAAAUCUGGACUGUUGAGAUCUAUCAUGCAAAAAUUGAAGUUUCAUUUAUUAAAAUGUUGGAAAACUAUUAUUUCACCAAAACACCAAUUAUAACAAACUAUUAUAAAGCUGACUUUGAAGCAUUUUUCUUAUAAUAAGUUUAUGGAUAUCCUUUAGGAAUCAAAUAUCUUGGAAUGUCAAGAACUCAGAAAUCAUUAACAAAAAAAAAUUUAUUGAUCAUAACUACUUCUGGAUAAUUGCAUUCUUUGGACAGAAAUUUAGUUUCUACCAGAAGAAGGGAAAAGGCAGAUCAACCAAUUUUAGAAUACUCAUUGUAAUCAGCAGAACUUCCUCCCUAUUAAUAUUAAUUACCCAUCAACUUCUUAAAUAUGCUUUCAUAUCAUUAAACAUUUGAUAUUGAGAAAUUUUCAAUUGAAUCCACAAAUUUAGAAUCGUCAGCAUUAUUAUUGGUAUAUGGUUCUGAUAUUUUCUUUACAAGAAUAGCUCCAGACAAAACUUAUGAUAUGUUGUUGGAUAAUUUCAACUACAAUGCCCUUAUAGUAACUACAGUUUUGAUAGUCGUUGCCACAAAAGUGUUAUCAAAAUUAGUGAAAUCAAGUAAAUAGGUUAAAUAAUUUUAUCUAAAUUGAAAUAUUGUAUAAUAUUUUCAUUAGUAAAUAUAUGUAUAUAUAAGUUAUUAAUAAAUCAUAA